AUGUCGUUCUUCAACUUUUUGAGCAGAAGACUUGUAUUUGAAAAGUCAAUUUUGAAAAGCAAGAUACGACUCAAUUUAACGCAAAAUGUCUACAACGACAGGUAUGUACAUAAACUAUAUGUUUUAAGGUUUCUUUUGAUAUAUAAUUUGUUUUGUUCAACGAUCGAGCUCACAUGUGGAAAUUCAUUUGAAUUUAGGUAAUUUUGCAAGUUUGCCAAUGGCGUGCGUCACUGGAUAUGUGCUCGUGGAACUUGCAAAAUUGGGAUGAAAGAAAACUGAUUGCCCUGCUUAAAAAUGAUGAAAAACUGAGUGGUGGAAAGGUAAUCGUAAAGUAUGUUAUCGUUUAUUUAAUAAAAUCAUUGAAACAACCUGUAGUUUGGAGGACAACCAGGAGUAAAGGGUGAAAAGAAGCCUUCAUGUGCUUGACCCUAAUAUAAUCAUCCCUGUGCAUGCUUGCAAAACACCCAGAGGGUAGUUGUACAGUUAUUUUACAGCUUUAUAAAGAGCAUCAGAGCAGACAUCUGUUGGCGAUGGUCAUCUGAGACUUGGAAUUACUGACCAGGUAUUGCAUGAUAUACCGAGUGUAUUAAAAACAACAGCAGGUUGUUGGUAAGACCACAGUUGUAUUUUUAACUAAUAAGUUGGUAAUCGAGUUAAGUGAAACAAGGGAGCGGAUGGGAAAAUCUUGGGUUGACAUUGUAACUUGGCUAUGUCUUCUACCAAUUGAUAUGCUGAAAACCCAACAGUAAACUGAACUGUUCAGGAUAAAUGGGAAAUUUUGAUUAGUUCAACUGAUGACUAAUCUAUUAUUUUUCAUUCCUAUAGUGUGCAUUAUCGAUUUAAAAUACACCAUGGAUUAGAAGUGUCAAUGCAUUCAAACUGUAUGCCUUUCUUAAAUGAGACAGUAUGUAGAAAAUAGUGCAUGAAUGGACUCGCUCCACCAUAUCCAUGUAUGUGAGUUAUUUAACAAACCGUGUGGAACCUGACUGGGGCACCAGAAACAGGGAAUUACUGCAUAUUCCCUUAUGCAAAACUUUAUCGGGUCAUAGGAGUUUUCGGUUUUGAGCUGUUAGACUGUGGAAUAGCUUGGAUAAUGAACUGAAACAACUCCUGUUACCAAUAAUUUUGUUGUCGAAACUGUAUCUUUGAUUGAUAAACUAGUGUUACAGUAAAUAAUAUGAUUCUUGAAAAAUAAUUGAUUUCCUCCUCAACAUGAGUAAGUUAUCAAUAGUAGUAUGAUGUCAUCAGUGAUGUAAUUGGGACAUCAUCAGAUUUGUAGUGUUGUCAUGGAAACAGUCUAUGUGACAACUGCCAAGUGUUUAGGAUUGGUAGGGUGUACAAUAAUGAAACUAUCAACAUAUUUCAAUAAGUUAAUUUUAAGUAUAAAAUUUUCAGCAAAGAUAUGCAGAAUGUUGCAAUUAAAUGUAUAUAAAAAUGACGUCAUAUGGUUACCAUGGUAACUGAAUGAUGUUGCCCGUCGUGUUGUUGAGCAUGUAAUGCUAUCCGACACACAUUUAGUUUUUAAAAAUUAAUGUUUUCGUAAUGAAAAAUAUGUAUUUUAAGUGCAUAUUGUUUAUAGCUAUGACGUCUCAUAUUUCCAUGGUAACGCAGUUUUGUAACAUUUUAUCAACUAGUAUUACUUAUUUGACAUAUAACAUGUCAUUCAACACUUUUGUAAUGGUCUAAUUUCAGUUUCCGUGUUUUUUUUUGUCAUUUCAUGACGUCAUACGGUUUCCAUGGUUUACACUAUGUUGUUGCUUUGUAUGUCGCCAAUGUCCUCUGAAAAUAUUGUGGUGAUUGAUUGGAUGAAAUGUCUAUAAGUUAUGACCUUAUAUGUUCAAAAAUCCACUUAAAACCAAGCAUUUUGGUGCCACAUUUCACACCCAGCUGUAAUACAUUUAUACAGUGUCGCUCUUCCAAUAUUCAAAUUGCCGUAACUUUUGAUUGUCUUGACCGAUUUUGAUGAAACAAACACCAUUAUGUUUUAAAUCGCGAGCUCUAUCAAACUAGCCUACUUGCGGAGCCCCCCUGUAAAUUUCAAAUUUUGGCUGCUAUCCCUAUCAAAGGGAAUGUUCUAAUCUUGUUAAUUAUUGGAAUUCACAUAGAAUACGUGCCCAAGAUAAGUUGGAAAGUCCUGCUGGCAUACCUAACCAUAUCUUUGCUUUCCCUGAGAAUUAUGCAGCCACUACUGAAAGCAUUGAUUUGUCAGAUGACGACAUUCAGGAUGUUGCUGAAGUUUCUGGUGUGAUGGAUGAAGAACACAUAGUUAAUUUCAUUGAUCAAAAUACAAAGCAACAAUGUGUGGGACUGAUCCCAAAUCCUGAGAAAAUUGAAGCUAAUAAUGCAAUUGAAGCUUAUUGA